AUGGCUGAAGCUCCAAAGACUGAUCGCUCUUCAUCGAAUGCUGGCCAAUCAUGUCGGGAAUGUCGUCGACGAAAGGGAAAGUGCGAUGGCAAAAUGCCCGUGUGCUCAGUCUGUCAGCGAUACAAUCGACAUUGUCUCUAUGACAAACAUAGCAGAUCGUCCUUGACAAGGAAACAUCUCACUGAAGUAGAGGAACGUCUGGAGAAAGCGGAAGCUUUACUGAGAACAUUUUUCACCGAUGCCGAGCUAUCGCAAAUGCUAGCUCACGGUGUUUCCAACGGGGCCGAUGUCAACCCCAAGCUACCCCAUAGUUCUGGCUUCCGAACGCAAGCGCCCAAUGCUCCUGGCCCAUCAGCGACAGGAGAUCCAUCAUUGUCUACCGGUGGCUCUCUCAGCGCGCAGCGCCGGAACGAAUCCUUUUCCACCACCGGUGCAGAACAAGACCAAAAGUUUGAUUUCGGUCUUGUCGAGUCGCCCACGUCGCGAUUCAAUGCGCCAGACAAUGGCCCUCUUCCUUUUGAAAAUCUUCCUUCCGCCGAUGAUGAUUUUGAAUGGGACGAAAGAGAAUCUUCCUGGACUCUCGCAGAUCCAGGAGGUGGUUCUGCGGCCUUUGAAAGCGGUGUAGAAGCCGACAUUCCCAAGAUCACAGAUGGUAUGGCGACAUUAACCGCCGAUGAUUCCAAUACCGGCUUUCUCGGUUCUGUUUCUGGCGCUGCGCUUCUCCGUGUGAUUUGGAUGGGUACGACCAACGACGGAGCAGACGACAAGAAUGAAAUGAAACAAGAACAGCGUACCAGUUGGGAACAACUCUUCAAACAUCGCCCAAAUGACUAUUCAUCGCCUUCGCCAUGGCUUCGAACACAACCUUUACUUACUCGAGCGGUUGUCGAUACGCUCAUCGACGCCUAUUUUGCGCUAUAUCAUCCCACCUUUCCGAUCCUUCAUGAACCUUCAUUUCGCGAACAAUACUCCAAGCUAAACGGUCGACCCGGUGGGAGUACAUGGCACAUUUUAGCCAACCUCGUUGCGGCACUGGGCUCAUUCGUAUCUUCCACUUGCUCCGAUGACACCCACGCAACGCUCUUCAACGCCGUCAAAGCUAAUUUACCCAUCGGGUCACUCGAAACAGGCAGUCUCAGUCUGGUCCAGGCAUUUGCAAUGGCUGCAAACUAUUUGCAAAAGAGAAACCGACCAAAUAGCGGUUACAACUAUGGGGGUAUCGCUUUGCGACUGGCUAUCUCUCUGGGGUUACAUAAAGAGUUCCAUGGUUGGAAGACUGCCCCGUUCAAAAAGGAGAUACGCAGAAGAGUAUGGUGGUCUCUGUGCGUUUUGGACGUUGGCGCCACAGUAACAUAUGGUCGGCCUUUGAAUUGGCCGCAAGUGGGUGUCGAGACGGCUUUUCCGAUGAAUAUCCACGAAAAGGAUCUCAAACCCAAUUCUACCUCCUUUCCAGCCGAAGUAAACGAAACCACAAUCUACACCUACAUCCGCACCCAAUCCCAAUAUCAUCUCCGCACCAUGCGAAUCUACAACCGACUCAUCUCCAACCCGGUCCCCUCCGCAGCGGAACUGAUAUCACUCGACGACGAACUGAUAGAGGGUUGGUUGAAGAGUCUUCCACCCUACUUCGGCGACGAUGACUUGCCACGUUCGAGAGAAUUCUUACUUGGACAUUCGAUUGGUCGUUGGCGAUUCCGCCUUAUGCGAAUCGUCAUGUACCGCCCUUUCUUGAUCCAGUGGGCACAAAACGGUUUCGGCGCCGGUAAAUCUCCUGCUUCUCCCUCGCAGGCGUCGACUGCCGAGACUAUCGCUACAAAUCGAUGCUUCAAAGCGGCCGAAGAAUGUAUAUCGGUCAUCUUUCGAUUUUGGUCGUCGGGAACUCACACCAGGUUGGCCGCCUGGUAUGUUUUAUACUUCCUCCUGCAGGCCGCCUUAAUCCCAAUCCACUGUCUUCGCCGCAAUCCGACACACCCCGAUUCAGAUUCGUGGCGAUCCCAAAUCUUCACGGCCCUAAGCAUAAUCAAUGCCAUGGACAACCUCAACCCCAGCGCGCCCAAGUGCAGAGACAUCAUUCACCGCCUCUGUGGCGAAGGUCUCCACUCCCAUCUUCGAUCUCACUCACUGUCUCAAGCUCAACAUCCUUCUCGGCAGGAGAACUGGACUGCCUCUGCAUUCCCCAACGAUGGCCGAUUUAGCAACAAUGCCUUCCCCUGCUCAACAUCUGAAUCCGCGGGAUCCGGCUCCGGCAUCGAUCCUUGGAUGACGGAAAUUGAUACCGCGAUCGACGGUUAUGAUAUCUACUGUGACCGAUUAAGUAAUGCUGCCAUGGCGGGCAUGGGUAGAUCGGGUGAUGGUCGUGGAGGCACGGGUAUUUUCAGCAAUGAUGGAACGGAGAUUGGGACGGGUGUCCAGGACUGGGAUUGGGGGCUGAUGCUUUGA